AUGGGUCGCUGGGCAGACGCAGACAGCGAUGCAGAGCGCCUCCCUGAAGGCUUCCAACGCAUCGGCUACGACGCUGACACCGAAACCUACACCUUCCGCGCCCCGGACGGGCAAAUCUACGAGUCCGCCCCAGGUAACCGCUAUGGCGAGCUCUACCCGCAGGGCCAGCGGCCGCUCCUCUCGGCGCCCGAAGUCGAAUACAACAACGCGCAGCUCAAGAAGAGCAACCGCGAAAGCGUGAAGAUGCUGCUCCCGUUCGCACUCCUCGUCGUUGUCUUCCUCCUUGUCAUGUUCAAGUUCCUGGGUGGCGCUGGCGGGUCGCAGGCUGAUCAGGAGCUUCCACAGGUUCACUGUGCUCAAGGCACUGCUGCUGUUCAAGUCAAGGAGGGACAGACGUGUUGGGAGAUCGGAGAAGCGUAUGGUGUGGGUGUAGAGGAGCUGUUGCAGCUGGAGGGGAAUGAGGGGGUGGACUGUGAUAAGUUGGCGAUCGGGCAGGGCGUUUGUGUGCCUGCGUGA